CUCUUGGUUGCUUCUGUCCAGUCCAAAUCACCCAUUUGCCGAAGAGCCAAUGGAUUGGACAGAGCGAAUAGCCAUUUCCCUUUUGGUGAUAGUGCAUUAUUAGCAGACGUUUCAGUCAAGGUUAAGCGACCGAUCAUCCUUUUUAUAGCCGAAUUAAAGAGUUGGAGACAGCCGUUUAUCAAUUAGUUUUGUGGCAAGGAAUAUAUCUGACUUCAUCCUGUUCAGUGGGGAAAAAAAAUCGUUUGCGUGUUUUCAUCAAGUUGAUAGUUUAAUGUUCUAGGGGGACGUUCGUUUUGAAUCGCCAUUCUUAAAGAUGCGGACUAGAAAUAUAUUUAUUUUAAAAUGGAUUUGAACUUUUUUACGUUUUAGAAUACACCCGUAAGCUGUGAAAAGGAAAUUAAUAUUGAAUUUUAUAUAAAAGAUUAUUGUUAUUUUAUAAAAAGUCAUCUGAAAAUGAAGUGCCCACGGAUUAACAGGGCACUUUUUCCACUGAAAAUUGUGCUCUUUUGCUGGUAUGGCGCUUCAUCGUCUCUCAUUCCCUACAUGACAAUACACAUGAAAGAGCUCGGCAUUACUGUGGAAGAGACAGCCAUCAUCUACACUUUCCUGCCAGUUACGCAGUUGGUAUGCACGCCACUGGCAGGUAUGAUAGCCGACAAACUAGGACGCUACAAGGACGUGCUCAUGAUCUCAGUCCUCUCAUCGGUGGCAUUUGCUACAGCUAUUCUGUUCGUACCACCUGCCCCGAAUCCUCGAAUGGAACACCCUGACAUCAACCUACACUGUGGACCGGUUGCUUUACCUCAUGUCGCUGUAGAAAAGUGCUGGGGAGGUCCAUGUGACGUAUUUCACACCGAUCGAUCUAACCCAAUGCGCUUACUAGGUUGCUCCGUUUACUGCCCAGGAGUUUUGGAUUCUGAGUACCUACACGCAAACGAAUUGUGUAAUCACACUCAUGGUUAUUGUUUCAUUAAUGAUGAUUUAAGGUAUCCUCUAAUGGAAAACAACUUCACCAUUCAAAUGAAAUUGAGAGAACCUUACCCCGAAAGGUCUACUUGCCAAUACCUGGUAGCAGGAGUCAUACCUUUAUUUGAUACCGACACUCCUUACGAAGAGGAUCUCCUCAAAAGUAUGUGUCCAAUAGCUGUUAACAAAGCAGGGGGGAACUGUACCAUAAAAUGCAACUUUCAGCAGUUACCAGACGAUGAUAAUGGGACGUUUCCGCAUAUAAAUCGUUGUGUCCGGACUGUAGGAAACCGUGUAUUAACGUUUUGGCUGUAUUUCUUCCUGCGGAUUUUGUUUAACAUUUUUGCUUCCAUUUGUUUGACUUUACUGGACGCCACUGCCCUAGCUAUGGUUCAAGCUCACGGUGGUCAGUAUGGUAGACAGAGGUUCUGGGCUAUUCUGGCACAAGCUGUGUUUUCCCCAGUUACUGGAUUCCUUGUCGAUUUACUAAGUGAACACAGAGGAUACAUGGACUAUUCUCCCGCUUUCCACUUUUACAAUGUUCUUGCUGUCUGCACCGCAAUAGCGGUGUGGAUGUUGAGUGUCGAUGUCCCACCACCUGCUGAAAAUGUCAUCAAGAAUUUCAAAAGACUUCUACAAGUCCCACCAGUCAUUGCCCUCAUGAUUGUGGUUUUCUGGCUAGGGGCCAUGUGGGGCUUCGUCGAAUCGUUUUUGUUUUGGUACCUAAUGGAUUUGGGAAGCCCCAACUUUUUACUUGGUCUCACCUUGACAACCGGGGCCAUUGUUGGAUUGCCAUUUUUACACGAAUCCGAUUGGUUCGUUCGAAAAGUGGGACAAGUGAAUCUUCUGCUUCUGGCCUUGCUGUUCUACUUCAUUCGGUUUUUCGGUUACUCGUAUAUCUACAAUCCUUGGUGGUGUAUUCCGUUCGAAGCCAUGGAAGCCUUCACCUACCAUCUGAUGUGGGUUGCUGCUGCGACGUAUGGCGCAGAAUUGGCUCCCGUUGGACUUUUGGCGACAAUCCAGGGAUGUGUUGGAGGGUUUCAUUACGGUGUUGGUCGUGGUUCUGGAAGUUUUGCUGGUGGUACCAUGAUGAGCCAGUUCGGAGCCAGGCUGGCUUUCCGCGUGAUGGGGUUGGCCUCUGGCGCCAUGCUCAUCGUCUAUGGGGUGAUCUAUUACGCCUGGCUUCGGAAGAAAGAAAGAGAGUACAGAAAACAUGCAGCAGCUGUGGCAGCAGAGUUAGAACUACAUGCUCAUAAUGCUGUUCCAAACAAUAUAGCAGAGACUGGAAAUUGCGCAAAUGCUGGAACUCAGACUCCAGAAAUGACUCGGAUGGACGGUCUCCUGGCCAACAACUCAAACCACCAUAACAAGACCGACGAGGACAAGAGCUUCGCGGAAAAGAAUCAAACAAAAUCCUGAUUGCCAAUUAGCAUGCAGUACCAGAAAACGAGGCACCCGUUGAUCACCAGGGAACGAAAAAUAAACCCAUCGGAGCCCUUAACUGGAGCCAGCCUAUUGUUUAUCUAUCGAACUGUUUAUGGUUCUGACUAUUUAUGCAUCCGUAUUGGCGAUUCUUAUCUGAAGUAUAUGGUGAUUCAAGGUUGAGAAUCCACUUGCACAUUUCACCGAGCUGCUUAAGCAAGUGAUGCGGAGGAAUGUUUUGUGGAGAUGACCUUGGUGAUAGGAUGAAUGAUCUAAGCAAUUGUACAUAACUUACGUAAUUUGUAUAUAGAUAUUUACAUUAUUAAGUUAAUCAAUAGAUUUUUUACAGCAAAUAAAGUAGAAUUUCAAAAGUGUU